GGGGCAAUAUAAUAAAAAAAAAUAUAUAAAUAUAUAUGUAUAUAUUUAGUUCUUAAAAUCAGUUUCUUAUACUUUAAUAAAAUGUCAGUGUCUGUGCAAUUCACAAAAAUGAAUAGGAAUUUAUUAAGAAAUAUUUCAAACUACCGUCCAGUUUAUGUCCUGAAGAAGAGCUACUCACAGAACGUUGAGGAUAUUUUCAAAUUUUACAGCGAAGAAAGAAAUGACUUUAGACAAAAGUAUCGUGUGUUAGACGAAAAAGAUUAUAAAAGAUUUCUCAGCAAGAGAGCCUUAAAGAGGCAGCCGGGAUUAACGAGACAGAUGACUACACUGGCUUACAAAGUUGGCAAAGACAUGAUCUCACUGGCCGAGGGUAUGCCGAAUGAAGCAAUCUUUCCGUUCACAAAACUGGAACUGACCACUAGAAGUGGAGGGAAAAUUAUUCUGGAAGAAGCGGAAUUAGCACCGGCCUUACAAUACGUGCCUUCUCAGGGCCUCCCGGCGCUACUCAACGAGUUGAGAGAGUUUCAACGAGUUCUUCAUCGUCCGUCUUCUCCUUAUGAUGUUUUGGUCACUAACGGUGGACAGCACGGUAUAUAUCAGUGUGUAGAGUUGUUGGUGGACCCUGGAGACGUGGUCAUCACCACAGAAUAUUCGUACACUGGAGCUUUUAGUGCUUUGCGACCCUAUGAACCUGAAAUAAUUGCUAUACGUGAAGAUGAGCAGGGUCUGAAUGCGGAGAUCUUGGACUCCAUAUUACACGAGAGAGACACUCGGGGACAGAAAAUGCCCAAAGUUAUGUAUCUGAUUCCGACCGGGAACAAUCCUACUGGAACAGUUGUUUCGGAGGAGCGGAGAAGACAGAUAUACGAGCUGGCCUGCAAAUACGACUUCCUUAUUCUUGAGGAUGAUCCUUACAUGUUUCUAAAUUAUACUAACACCGUGAUCCCGUCUUUCCUGUCGCUGGAUGCUUGUGGUCGUGUGUUACGACUAGAUUCUUUCUCCAAGGUGGUGAGUUCUGGUCUCCGAGCUGGAUGGGUGACGGCUCCAGCAGCCCUCAUACACUACCUCGAGCUACACGCACAGGCCGAACUAUUGCACUCUUGCACCUUAGCCCAGACGAUCCUUCAUCGCCUGUUGUUGAACCGCAGCGCGCUUGCGUCACAUCUUCACUCAACUCGUCAUUUCUAUGAACAACGUCGGAACGCCCUCACCAGCGCCAUGAGGGAGGUGACCGGCCUGGAGUGGACUGAACCGAGUGCUGGUCUGUUCCACUGGGUGAAGGUUCCAGGCAUCGAGGACGUCUAUAAUAUGGUUUUCCAGACAGCUUUCAACCGUGGCCUUAUGUUAGUUCCCGGGCAGGCUUUCCUCUUCGACAGUAGCGCCCCCUGUCCUCACGUAAGACUAGCCUUUAGUAAGAUUCAAAUGAAGGACAUUGACGCAUCAGUGCGCCUCCUAGCGGACAUCACUGAAGAAGAACGGAAACUUAUGGUACAAAAACAACCACAAAGAUUGGCUACUGAACGAUAGAUGGCGCUGUAAACUCUUUUACUUAUUUAGCAGUGCUAUAAUUGUAAAUUUGGAGACGAAGAUGAAAUUAAUAUAACAAAUAUAUUUUUUGAUAUAUCUGAAUACUUAUUCGAAGAAUACAUAUUUUUUCAAGAUAUUUCAAUUCGCCGCUAAGUGCUGCCAUAGGCUUAAAUGAUGUCAAGCUUAACUUAGUAACUAGAACAAGAUUAUAAAAUGUUACGUUUCUAUGUAAUUUUAAAUAGUCAGACUAUUAGUAUACAGAAAUUACUAUUACUAUUAUUAUACAGAAAUAUUCGGCUCUAAUAUUUAUGUUACUAUACAAAAUAAUGUUAUUUAUUAUUAAUUAUAUAAAUAAAACGUAUUUUUAAGAACAUAUUAUACUAGAUAUAAAGUUUUUAAGAGAAGAAAAUUAUGAUUUUCUGUACAAAUUACUUCAAUUGAUUCGCAUAAUAUAGUUUAAGUGACACAAUUUUUAAUCGCAACGUUCGUGUCUGUUUCUGGAACGAUUAUUACUUUAACUAACAUUAAUUUUAAACUUCUUUAUAUUUCAUUAAAAUAGCUUUUUAUGUCAGUUUUAGUUUAUUACCUGCCAGCAGUUCCUGGGAAGUGUUCAAUGUUCACUGCCAACAGAACUAUAGUAAUAACGAGUUUUCUAUAUCAUUUCAUGUUUAGGUUAUACUCAUUUACAACGUUGUCAUUCUUCAACAAUCUACGAUACCUUUUCUCAUCGAUUUUAAAUAUAUUUUUUUUACAAAUGUUAAAGUUUUCUUAAUUUUGGGAACCAGAGCGUUAGUCAUCGCAGAAAAUAAACUAAGAAAAUUAAUUUGAAAGGAUAUAAGUUUUAUUUAUUUACAAUAUAACGUUAUAUAUGUUGAAUGUUUUACUAUUAUACAGUUUGUUCAACGAUAGAUAUUAUAAAAAGCUGGCAAGGCGACUCACAGUUUGAAAAAGUUUGCCGCUCUCAUCUCGUUUGUAAGAUGUUAAAUAGUUAGAUAUUCUCAUUGUUUGUCCGAAAAUCCUAGUUUCGUUUGAAUGUGUACCUACUCGCUAAUAUCCUACACAUCAUUGAACCAUAAUUACUAGAUGUCUUUAACCUCUCUCUUAUUUAUGCACGGAGUGAGACGAUUCCUUGUUUAGAAUGUAUGAGAAAGAUUCUCCUUCAAGUGAUAUAAACGAUCUUCCAGUCGUAACACUACAAAGCGUAUCGUGUACAACAUAGAAUAAAUAUUAAAUUAAUCAACUAAUAUAUGUAUUUUACUCUC